AUGACCAGUCCAACCUUUGUUUUUUCUACUGGUGCUUGGAUUACCUCGGAGUUCUUCGAUGAGAUCCGUUCCAAGCUAAUUGCACUCGGUUUCCCUACUGAGUGCAAAAGUCACCCUUCCAUUGGCGCUGAACCACCAACCAAGACUUUGGCUGAUGAUGCUGCUUCUCAGCGCGAAUUGUUGACACAGCUUGCUGACGAGGGUCGUGAAUUGAUCGUUGUAGCUCACUCUUAUGGCGGUGUUGUUGCUUCUUCCUCUGUUGAAGGCUUAGAUAAAGCCACCCGUGAAAAGGAGGGCAAGACUGGUGGUGUUGUGAAGGUUGUCUAUAUGGGUUCCUUUGCUUUGGAUAAGGGUAAAAGUCUUUUGAGCGGAGGUAACCCUCCUCCAUUUAUGAAUAUUGAUGGUGACUAUGUUCGCUCUAAUGGCGACCCUACCAUAAGCCCCUGGUCUGAUCUUCCUGAGGAAGACCAGCAGAAGUGGGGAGCAUUGACGAAGCAUACCUCACGCCCAGUUUUCGGUGGCGAGUGCACCUAUGAGCCAUGGAAUACUAUUCCCUGCUCCUACAUUAUCUGUGAGAAGGAUGAAUUUCUUCAUCCUCCCAUCCAAGAGCUGUUUGCUGCCAAGGUUGCUGGACCGGACAGAACCUACCGUCUUCCAAGUUCACACUCGCCAUUUUUGAGUAUGCCUGAUCGUGUGGCCGAGAUUUUGGAAAAGAUUGCAAAGGAAUAA